AUGUAUCGUUUAGUUUCAAAGUGUGCCCUCAAUUUCAAACCAACGGUUCAAAAGCCGAUUGAAUAUAAGUAUGGCCCACGAUCUGUCGCUCUUGGUGAUUUUAAUAGUGACACGGUUUUGGAUAUGGUUAUUUCCAAUCAUUUAGUGAAUAAAAUAGCUGUCUAUUUGGGAAAUGGUGAUGGGACUUUUAAAGAUCCAACGAUGUAUUCAACAGGUUCUUACUCUAGUCCUUACAUGGUCACAGUUGCUGAUUUGAACAAUGACAACCGAUUAGAUCUUGCAGUGGCAAAUUUCGGCACUAACAAUGUCGAGAUCUUUCAUGGAUUUGGGAAUGGAUCUUUUGUAAUUCAAACAGAACUUUCAACAGGCUCAUCUCGCCCGAUAGCAAUUAUAGCCGUUGAUUUCAACAAUGAUUCCAUAUUUGAUAUUGCCACUGCCAAUCACGGAACUCACAGUGUUAGUAUAUUCUAUGGAUAUGGCCAUGGAAACUUUUCACCUCCAAUUACAUAUACAACAGGUUAUGAUUCUCUACCAUCUUCUUUAGCUGCUGGAGAUUUCAAUAACGACAACCAUUUAGAUCUCGCCAUUGCCAAUUACGGGACCAAUAAUGUAGGCAUACUUUUCGGAAACAGGAACAGAACUUUUGAAAAACAAAUCACCUUUUCAACUGGACCUGGUUCCCAUCCAUAUUCAAUUGCCGUCGGUCAUUUCCAUACCGACAACUUUCUAGAUAUCGCUAUCGCGAAUUCCGGAACUGGCAAAAUAGGUGUACUCUUAAACAACGGUAACGGAACUUUCGCCAAUCAAGCCACCUAUUCUCUCGAUUCUGCUUUUCCAUAUGCGAUUGGCGUCGGAGACUUCAACCAAGAUAAUCGAUUAGACAUCGUCGUCAUUAAUAACGGCUAUGAAAAUAUAGGUAUAAUUCUUGGAUAUGGAAACGGCCAUUUUGAAAAUCCAACUAUGUAUCCAACUGGAUCUUAUUCUUCGAUUUCUGUUGCCAUAGGUGAUCUCAAUAAGGACUAUCGAUUAGAUGUUGUCGUUGUAAACAAUGAUACUGGUGCCAUAGAUAUUCUCGUUGGGCGCUACGAGGGCUUUCAAAAUCAAAUAAGGUAUUUAGCCGGCUCUUGGCCACAAUCUGUAGUUGUUGGUGAUUUCAACAACGACACUCGACUAGAUAUCGUUGUCGCCAAUGAGUUUAGCAAUAAUGUGAGUGUUCUUCUUGGAAAUGGAAAUGGCUUUUUUGAAAAUCAAAUAAGGUAUUCAGCUGGCUCUAUGCCACUAUGCAUAGCCGUUAGUGAUUUCAACAACGACACUCGACUAGAUAUCGUUGUCGUCAAUUCUGGUAGCAAUGAUGUGAGUGUCCUUCUUGGAAAUGGAAAUGGUUCUUUUGAAAAUCAAAUAAGAUAUUCAGUUGGCUCUAAUCCAUAUUCUGUAGUUGUUGGUGAUUUCAGCAACGACACUCGACUAGAUAUCGUUGUCGCCAAUUUUGGGAGCAAUGACGUGAGUGUUCUUCUUGGAACUGGAAAUGGUUCUUUUGAAAAUCAAAUAAGGUAUUCAGUUGGCUCUUCUCCACGAUCCAUAGCUGUUGGUGAUUUCAACAACGAUACUCGACUAGAUAUCGUUGUCGUCAAUUCGGGUAGCAAUGAUGUGAGUAUUCUUCUUGGAAAUGGAAAUGGUUCUUUUGAAAAUCAAAUAAGGUAUUCAGCUGGCGAUUAUCCACAAUCUGUAGUUGUUGGUGAUUUCAACAACGACACUCGACUAGAUUUCGUUGUCGCCAAUUAUCAAAGCAAUGAUGUGAGUGUUCUUCUUGGAAAUAGAAAUGGUUCUUUUGAAAAUCAAACAAGGUAUUCAGCUGGCGAUUAUCCACAAUCUGUGGUUGUUGGUGAUUUCAACAACGACACUCGACUAGAUAUGGUUCUCGUCAAUUCUGGUAGCAAUGAUGUGAGUGUCCUGCUGCAAUAUAACAGAGGAGUGAUAGCAUAUAAAAUGACGUAUGCAUCUGGCGGCGGAUCUCGUCUACAAUGCGUAGUGAUUGGUGAUUUGAACAACGAUAGUAACCUGGAUAUCGUCUUAGCUAAUUAUGGCACUAAUAAUAUCGGCGUCCUUUUUGCAUAUGGAAACGGUAGUUUUGAAAACCAAAUGAUGCUCAGCAGUGGUGCGAAUUCUCAUCCGAUUUCCGUCACGAUUGGGGACUUCAAUGGUGACGGCGUAGUGGAUAUUGCUUUAGCCAAUAACGGUACCAGCCAUGCAGAUAUGAUGCUUGGAAAGGGGAAGAGAAAUUUUGCAAUUCAAACAAGUUAUGAAAGUGGUUUCGAUUCACCUCCAUUAGUUAUGGCUUCUGGUGAUUUUAAUAAUGACAAACGAUUGGAGAUCGUGAUCGCUAACGGUGGAAGUAAUCACGUGGAUAUUUUUGUUGCGUACAAUCAUGAUUCUUUCGAAAACCAAAUAAGGUAUUCAGCUGGCUCUAUGCCACAAUCUGUAGUUGUUGGUGAUUUCAAUAACGACACUCGAAUAGAUAUCGUUGUCGCCAAUUAUCAAAGCAAUGAUGUGAGUGUUCUUCUUAGAAAUGGAAAUGGUUCUUUUGAAAUUCAAACAAGGUAUUCAGCUGGCUCUUAUCCAGUAUCUGUAGUUGUUGGUGAUUUCAAUAACGACAUUCGACUAGAUAUCGUUGUCGUCAAUUCGGGUAGCAAUGAUGUGAGUGUUCUUCUUGGAAAUGGAAAUGGUUCUUUUGAAAAUCAAAUAAGAUAUUCAGCUGGCUCAAUACCACUAUCCAUAGCCGUUGAUGAUUUCAACAACGACACUCGACUAGAUAUCGUUGUCGCCAAUUUUGGGAGCAAUGAUGUGAGUGUCCUUCUUGGAAAUGAAAAUGGUUCUUUUGAAAAUCAAAUAAAGUAUUCAGCUGGCGAUGAUCAAAGAUCUGUAGCUGUUGGUGAUUUCAAUAACGACACUCGAAUAGAUAUCGUUGUCGCCAAUUAUCAAAGCAAUGAUGUGAGUGUUCUUCUUGGAAAUGGAAAUGGUUCUUUUGAAAAUCAAAUAAGAUAUUCAGUUGGUGAUUAUCCAUAUUAUGUAGUUGUUGGCGAUUUCAACAACGACACUCAACUAGAUAUCGUUGUCAUCAAUUGGGAUAGCAAUGAUGUGAGUAUCCUUCUUGGAAAUGGAAAUGGUUCUUUUGAAAAUCAAACAAGGUAUUCAGCUGGCUCUUAUCCAGUAUCUGUAGUUGUUGGUGAUUUCAAUAACGACAUUCGACUAGAUAUCGUUGUCGCCAAUCGUGACAACAAUGAUGUCAGUGUGCUUCUUGGAAAUGGAAAUGGUUCUUUUGAAAAUCAAAUAAGGUAUUCAGCUGGCUCUAUGCCACUAUCCAUAGCCGUUGGUGAUUUCAACAACGAUACUCGACUAGAUAUCGUUGUCGCCAAUUCUGGUAGCAAUGACGUAAGUGUUCUUCUUGGCUACGAAGAUAUAGUUUUUGUAAAGCAAAUGAAGCUCGUAACUGGAAAUGAUUCUCGACCACAGUCUUUAGUGAUUAGCGAUUUUAAUAAUGAUGGUCUAAUGGAUAUUGGUCUCGUCAAUUCACGUGCGAACAACAUUGGUAUUUUUCUUGGAUAUGGAAAUAUCUCUUUUGCAAAUCAAGUGACAUAUUCAACUGGCCUGUAUUCAUCUCCAUGCUCUAUGGCUGUCGGUGAUUUCAACAAUGAUGCUCGAGUGGAUUUGGUAUUUGCUAGUUGUGUCUCGGACAGUGUUGGUAUUAUUCUUGGAUAUGGCAAUGGCUCUUUCGGAAAUGUAAUGUCCUAUUCAACAGGUUCAAACUCGUCUCGAUACUCUCUAGCUGUAAGUGACAUUAACAACGAUAAUUUAGAAGACGUUAUCAUCGCGAAUUAUAACCACAACAAUUUAGGUGUUCUUCUUGGAUAUGGUAACGGUACCUUUGCAAGUGUCAUCCUAUUCCAGUUGGGCUAUGGAUCCAACCCAUUCUCCAUUGUCGUUGGAGACUUCAACAAUGACAGAAAACUCGAUAUUGCCGUUUCUAAUAAUGUAACUGACAGCUUAAAUAUUCUCUUGCAGACUUGUUAGUUUUUUAUUUCGUAGUUUAUAUUUUUCUAUCAUUCAGUUAUUUCGUAUGCUCUUAUAUCUAGUGGAACCAUAGUUUAAAUAUUCAAAUGAUUUUAACUGCAAAAAGAUGAGUGGGAAAAGGGUGUGGGUGCGCAUGUGGGCACUGGAUUGAGAAUAAUACACCGACCCCCAAAUUGUCUCGAUUAACUCUCUUUUCUCACGAUACGUAUUGGGGUGUGGGUGGGUGUGGGGUGUGGGUGUGGGUGUGGGUGUGGGUGUGGGUGUUGGUGUUUGUGUUCCCUCUAACUACACCCACCCACACCCACACCAACACCCAAUCAAUUAUUGUGUAUGUACGAUGCAGAUAUAUUUGAAUGACAAAUACAAUGUUGUCUUGCUUUAGCGCAGUUGUUACAUACAUUCGUAAUCAAUUGUUGCUGUUGGGUAUGCAAAAGAACAGAAAAGAAAAAUUGAAAUCGUAUUACUACUGUAUAUUUGACUUUCAAAUAUCAACUAGUCAUAUUUUUUUUCUUACAUCUCUCAUUGCUUGAAAUCAGAAAGAAAAUCAUGAGAAACAGUUUUCUAUGAAGAGAUUGUUUGAUUAUUAAUGAUACGCUCGAAUUUCUUUCUUUCCAUUGACUUAAAUUGUCGAGACGAAAAAAAAUAGUUGCUGAUCAUUCAUCAACUAUUCUACAUGCAAAUAACUUGUCUCCGUANCGAAUUUCUUUCUUUCCAUUGACUUAAAUUUCUUGAAAGACAAAAUAUAAUUAUAUUUCAGUUUAGUACGAAAACAAGUUAUUUGCAUUUUCAAUAUUUGAUGAAUGAUCAGUAACUAUUUUUUUUCGUCUCGACAAUUUACCAGCAGAACUAGAUCAGUUAUUGGAUAGUCGAGAAACUGAUUCAAUUAAGUAAUGGAAGAAGGAUCGAAAUCUUCUUGGCAUUGAGUUUUAUCUUUAUUUAUUGUUGGUGCUUUUUUGGGCUUUUAGAAGUGAGAUAAAAGAUUCUCUCGGGAGGGUUUAGUCGCGGGUCUUGGGAAGAUAUCCUGUGAUUUGAUGAGGGGCAGGUGGUAGCUACUACUUGCAUGUGCUUCGCUUUAGAUGUGAGUG